AUGUAUCUCCAGAUUAAUUCCUACUGGUCCCCAAAUGUAUCAUUUGACAGAACUUGGCAAGAAUAUGUCGAUGGUUUUGGUGAUGUUGUUGAUUGGUUCGGAAGUCAUUGGUUGGGUCUGCAAAGCAUAUUUGAAAUAACCAACAGUCGCAGCUACGAUCUUCAAAUCAAAAUCCACGUCAGUCAGCAAUGGAAAAAAAAGACCAUUAAAUACCACGCUUUCAAAAUUACGGAUACUGCGUCGGGAUUUCGGCUAAUGAUUGGAACAGCUGAACCUGUGGAUUCAAGCCCAUUAGAAGACUGUCUAUCCGCUUUGAACAACACCGAGUUCAGUACUCCAGAUAGACCAACGUCAAUCUGUUCGUCAGCUGCCCAAUCCGGUUGGUGGUUUGGUACGGUUGAGACCAACUGUAGCUGUUGUAACGCAAAUGGAAAUAUUGACUUCUAUAGAACGGAACAAGAUGCGUUUUGGAAUGACGGUUUUCAGACCGAUACAGUCGUAUAUACAGAGAUGGUCUUGUUGGCUGCUUGA